AUGCAGUAUCAUCAAUCACCUCCCCAAGACGGACAAGCUAUACAGUUCCACCUUUCUCUUAUAGGCGGAAGCCACAUACUCGAGAUGACUGCAAACGACCCUUCUCUUAGGUGUUUUGAGACCGAUGCUGAUAACACUUUCGGGACAUCAACACAAUCAAACCAGAGGAGCUCUCCCCAUAUGUAUCCUGGCCUACUUGCUACUGCUCAAGAUUGCUUCCCGAUCAGCAAUGGGCAGAGUCCUCAGCUCUCGCCAGAACUCUCCUUUGCUCCCGGCCCUGGCCGAGCUGGUUCUUGUUCUGAUUGGCCUCCGCAACAGACCAAUGCGGCCAAUAAUGACAGCCUGAUUUUCAGCUCCUCCAGUCAGAGAUACAACCCCGGUCAGAACCACUACCCGCACUCUGCCGCACGAACGCGGAUGACGAUAUACGAUACCCCUCAGCAGUCAUUCGAACGCGGGGAUGGCGAAUGUCGGCAUGGCUCUUUAUACUCUGAGGAUCAAUUGUCGACGCAGCUCUUUGGAAAUGGCUUCCCAAACAUCUCAGCCACCCAGCCCUACGGCUCCCCGGGCCAGCCACAGGCUUAUACCUUCAGCCAGCCUGACUCGAGAACCCGCUCUGGGCACUCCUCGAAUGGUAGCACUCCCACAGCCACUCGCGCUGGUGUCACGGACAUGGUGCCUGAUAUAUUUAACAGUGCAAACGACACUCACACGAGUCUGUAUAGCGGUGGAAGUUCUGGAUUCCAUUUCUCCAAUGAUAUACAACCGCCCCUCAAUUUGGAGACAAGCAACAGCUAUUACUCGCCAGAAACAGACACAGUCUCCUCCUUCGAAUUAACAGAGAAUGAGUGUUUGGUUUCGAAUUCUCGCUCUUUGAGUAGCCCUCGGCUUACAGAUUCUCAUAACGACACCUUGGAAAAUACUAUACAACAUCUCUCGCUACAUCGGUCAUCCAGCACUGGACCGUACAACAGACGCUCACCCAUUGCGCAAGCCCACCUGCAGCCAAAACCCGAAAAGAGUGUCGCUGAAGGGACAGAAAGGAAUAGUUUGGUGAAAAACGAAUAUCAUCUUCCAAGGAAAAAUCGUGGGAGACGUACGAGACCCCUGGAGGAACGAAAGCGGAUGAAUGCGACGAGAAGAAGAAAUGAGCGGACAGUGUGUAUUGGUUGCAAGCUGGCCAAAGUCAUGUGCGAGGGUCGAGAACACGGAAGAGACUGUAUCCGUUGCACCAGUGGGAAUAACAAUGCUCCGAAGCCAUUCGUUUGUGUUCCUGCGAGCUUCAUCGAACUCGUUCAGCAAAAUAGCACUAUAUUGCUUGCCCUUCACACGAUCCAUCUAAGAUCUUCGGGCGGUUUUUGUCAAGCAAUCAGCUUGCCUUCUAAUAUCGAUGUUGAGCAACUUCUUGGCUCCAUCGGCUCCUUGAAAAGCUCUUACGGCGGCGUCAUUCGAGCGUACGAGGGGGACAAUGUGCUUUUCGAGCUGGACCUCCACGCUUGCUAUGCUUUCAUCAGCGCCAAUUACCCCCCAACGACUCAUCCUUUCCGCCAGUUCAUCGAUGGUCUCAAGUUCCAGCGACAAGGUCAUUGGAAGUCAUGUAUAAAAAACAACAGCUACUCGCUAGCAAAUUUGUGUAACACGCUUUUCAGGUGGGACGAUGCAGCUCUCCACAUUACAUAUUCUACGGUAUACGAGAUCAGUCAUGGCGUUGAAGGUCGCCUCGACUCCGAUCCAAACGGCGAAACGCAUAAACAAAUCGUCGCCGCAGCUCAGCUACAUCGAAUUAUUGGACGCCAAUUAGAACUCCAGUUCUAUGACCAUCUCAAGAAAGCUCUCGGCCGUCCUAGCAUUUCCCACGAGGUUGUUCUUGAAGUCGGCCGUGCUAUCAUCUCUCUUCGUCGCCGCCUAGCCUCGUGGACCCAGAGCUGGGACAAGAGCCAAUCUUGGGACAAUGUACCAUUUAUACCUGAGCUUCAAUCAUACACUGAUGGAGACAAUGAUAAUCGGUCAAGCUUGAGUGAUGGCUUUAUCAUCGCCUACCGUAUCAAAAGUCUCUGCCGAAUUCUCUACGUUUACUUUUGCUACAUGAAACGGCGACUUCCUGUAGAGGAACAAAGCGAUUUGAAUACAAUGGAAAUACGGGAUCCAGAAAAUGGUCGAAUGGUGGAAGAAUUCCUUCCACGGUACGAGAGCGCCAAAGGAUUUGAGGAUUGGCUUCAAUUCAUCAUUAACUGA